UCUCCCUCUUUCUCUCUGUCAACCCUCUCUGGGGAGAAACUCAGUGAUUCAUUCUUUCCUAACUUGAAAAGAAGAAGUGAAAUAUUUAACCAUCAUUGCUCACUCUCUUCACAUCUCUCUCUCUCUCCCUCUCUCUGUCUCUCUCGUAUCAGUGGUGGUAGUACUUGACAGUUUAACAGGGUUAGCAGAGUGUGUUUCUGCAGGUCUUACUGGAGAUGGAGAAGCAGGAGUGUGGUCCUGGGUUCAGUUGGGAUCUUCUGGUGAAAGAGUGCAUUAUGGAGGAAUCACACCAGCCCGUGACUGCAGACACCCUGGCAGUGCGGAACACAAGAGCUCCAGCUCAGUCUUGGGUGGAGGUGGCCCCCAGUGUGUGGAUCUGUGUGGGGGUUGUCCUGAGCAGCUCGAUACUAGCACUCCUACUCUGGUUUAUCAUCUACAGGAGACACAAACACAAUGCAGGUAAGAGAAGUUCUGAGCCUCCAGCAUCUGUUCCACAAAAUGGCAGUGCAGUCAGCCCGAUGUUACCAGAACAGAAGGAAGAUUCUCCUCUUUCCUGUACGCACUGGAAUGACAGGACGCAGGACCUGUCCGUGUGUGAACUGGGUUGGGGGCAAAGCAUCUGUAAAGGAAAGGUGCAGCACGGAGUUCCAGUACCUGCAACCGAACUCGGAGACUCUGCCCUGGUGACCACCAAAACAGUGCAGCCCAUCGAGGACUGAAACAAAGAGUGCAUUUAAGAGGAGACUAAUACACCAAUCCCUUUUACUCCUAGUGUAUCCCAUGUACUACACUGUCUCCAUUUACUCCCAAUGUCGCCCAUUCACUCAUAUAAUCUCCCUUUUACCCCCAAUGUCUACCAUUCACUCUAGAAGUUUUAUACAGGCACAUCUUAAAAAUUUUAAUAUCAUUGAAAACUUUAUUUCAGUAAUUAAGUUUAAUAUGUAAAACUUAUUUAUUAUAUAGAGAGUGAUCUAAUUUAAGCGUUUAUUUUCUUUUAUAGUUGAUGAUUAUGGCUUACAGACAAUAAAAACCCAAUAAUCAGUGUCUCAGAAAAUUUGAAUAUUAUAUAAGACCAAUUGGUACUUUUGCCAGUGUGGGCAGUGUGCCAAGUCGUGCUGGAAAAUGAAAUCCGCAUCUCCAUUGUUAGCAGAGGAAAGGGCUGUUAAAUUUUCCUGUAGACACUGCACUGAUUUUGAACACAGUAGACCAACACCAGCAGAUGACAUGGCUCUCCAAACCAUUACAACUUUUAUGGAAAUGCAGAUUUCAUUUUUGGCAAACUGCCCACAGUGCCAAAAGUACCAAUUUAUAUAAUAUUCAAAUUGUCUGAGAUACUGACUUUUUCAUUAGCUGUAAGCCAUAUUCAUCAGUGAUACAUCAUUUUGUGUAAUACAUCUAUAUAAUAUAUGAUUUUCACAGUUUGAACUGAAUUACUAAAAUAAUAAAUUAAUUCAAUGAUAUUGAAUAUUUUUGAGAUGCACCUGUAUAUUCACCCACUGUUCCAUUUACUUCUACUGUCUCCCAUAUUUAAUUCUACUGUCCCCAUUCACUCUCACCAUCUCCAUUUCUUUCCGAUUUACUUUCACUUUCUCAUAUUUCUAGUGUUUCAACUACUGCCAUCUGUUCACUCCCACUUUCUCUAGUUUUCUUCCAUUGUCUCCCAUUUACACGCACUGUCUAUGGUUAACUUUCACUCUCCACCUUUUACUUCUGCUGUUUCCCAUUUUCAAUCCCACUGUCCCCAUUCACUGUUAUUGUCUUCCACUGUCUCCUAUUUACUCCAACUGUGUUCUAUUUAUUCCCAAAAUUUUCCAUUCAGUAUUGUUGUCUCUCACGUCCCUUUACCAUUGUCCCCAUAAGCUGGUGGGUCUGCUGGUGAUAAAAAAAACUCUCUAAACAAUGUUAGAGAUGGUAAUAUUUCUUUAAAUUAAAGAAACUCUUAAGCAUGCUUUUGUAUUAUCUGUAGAAUAGUAGAGUUUGUGUUUGGACCUUUUCUGAUGUGACUGAACACUGAUGAUGCUUGUUCCUGACUGUGUUAUUAAAUGCUGUUUCUGCAGAGCCAA